CGCUUGGUGUUGCUAUCUAUUUAGUUGCAGCGGAGGAUUGUUGUCGCUCUUAUAAAUAAUAAGUGAAGAAAGAGCUGACGCAACAAACACCUCAUCUGCCCACACUCAACCGCCUCUUCUCCUUUCAACAUGCCGCUCAACUAUGCCAAGUGGGAUUCUUUGCAGCUAUCCGAUGACUCGGACUUGGAGGACCCUCCAGCCAUCGAUAAAGAGAAAGAUGCUUCCCACAAGCAUUGUCAGACCCAUCAACAACAUGAAUGCAGACAAGCCGAGAUCGAAGCCAUCAAAUGGACGGGAAAGCUGAACGCUAUUGUCAUCAAAAAGCUCCAACAGCUCCUGACCAACACCGACAAGAAAGGUGUGAUCCACUUACGACAGGCCGCCGCUAAGCUAUCGACCCAGGGCCAUGGCAAAUCGUCUUUGCGCAAAGAUUCGGCCAGGACUGCCGUCUUCAGGUAUAUCGAUGAUAUUCUCUACAGGAUCAAGGACCUUCGUCCAGCCGAUCAGCGUGCAUCUGCUGUCGAACAACUACAGUACCAUCUAGCUGAACUCCUCGAUCGCGAAAGACAACGCAAAAUCGAAUUGGAGAAACAAGAGACCGCCGCCCGCGAGCAGGCUCCCUGUGGUCAUGCUCAUGACGAAUUUGAUGUUACUCAAUGUCCCAAAUUCGGAGCUCCCCUCACCGUCCCCACCAGUCAGUCCAACUCGACUGAGAAAGGCAAGUCGACGGCGAAAGACGAGCCAACCACGAAAGACGAGCCCACCAAGAAAGAUGGCAAGUCGACAGAGAAGAGCAAGGCGACGGAGACCACCGAGAAAGACAAGUCGACCGACAAACCCAAGUCGACCGACAAAGGCAAGUCGACCAAGAAAGACACACAAAACAAACCUACUCACUCAGCCCCCGAGGGGAGUGGUGCUCGCACACAACAAGGUGGGGGCUAUGUAAACCAGGGCAAUGAUCAGGAGACCAUGCCGCUGCUCACCCCGUCGGCACGAGAAUUCUCCAAGAUCAAGUCCUCAGACUAUUCUGCUUCUUACUUGGCCAUCCGACGCGACCCUUCGCUCUAUACCGACGAAUCGGCAGCUAUGGCCAUCAUGGGGGAAGCUCAUGACGCCGAGGUGCAAGGGAGAAAGACGUACGCCAAGAACUGCGUCCACCAAGGCUUGCUGCUCGAGUACUGUCAUACCCUCUACGCCAGAGAUCCGAACUGUCCUAUCCUGAGCCAGGUUCUCUCCGGCCAAUUGGCACCGCAGGUGGACAUAGAGAAGGUCAACAAGUCCUAUCAAGAGCUGGCUGCAGGGGCCUCCAUCCUCAAACAAUUUGGACAACUCCUUCGUGGCCCAUGAGCCAUUGGGUCAUGUGAAUAUACCCGAGUUAGUUUAGAUAACCAAUCAAGCCGCGAUGGCUGAACUGUUGUGUCCCAUGCUGGGUUUCUCGAUUUUCCAUAGGCGGAUGAUAUAUAUCUAUUUUAUUACACCUCAUCCUGAAGCUGUGAUUUUCUCAAGCCAAUAUAUCCGCCAUUAGCCUUGCCCAAUCCUUAUAAGAAAAAGUCUUGUUAACCCAAAACAUAAAACCUACAAUUGUAGAACAAAAAACUGCCUGCUUUUACACCAUUUGAACUUUUUCUCCUUUGUUGUUGUAUGCUCUCCUCUCACCAUCAGAUUAGCUUUUAAAGAAGAUCAAUCUUGAUUGAUUGUUGGCUUGUUUGCUCAAUGUAUCUCUCUCUCUCUCUCUCUCUCUCUC